AUGUUCUUAUCUACUAUCAUUCUCAGCUUAAUUGGUGCAAAUAGGAUAGUUGCAGAUACCACGAAAGAAAUCGUGGAAAAAUACGGUUACCCUUUCGAAGAAUAUAAAGAUAUCCAAAGUCCGGACGGUUAUUUAUUGACUUUACAUCGCAUCCUAUAUGGAAGAACUAUGUUGGACAAGACGAAUAUCAGUAAACCAGUUUUUCUGUUGCACGGAAUAUUCUCUUCAUCAGUCAGUUUCGUUUUCGCUGGACCAAAUAUUAGUAUUGCUUAUCAACUGGCCGAUCGUGGAUACGAUGUUUGGUUGGGAAAUUGUCGAGGCACAUCAUAUUCAACGAAACACUCUAUUCAUAGUAUUCAUUCUUCAGCAUUUUGGAAUUUUACUAUUAGAAACUUCACGUAUUCAGACGUAUUUUUUGUUCCGAUGUUCUUAUCAAUUGUCGUUCUUAGCUUACUUGCUGCACAUGGGAUACUUGCAGUUACCACGAAAGAUAUCGUGGAAAGCUAUGGUUACCCUUUUGAAGAAUACAGAGAUAUUCAAACUCCGGACGGUUAUUUCUUGACUUUGCAUCGUAUUCCUUCACGACGUGUGGUUGGGGAAUUCCCGAAGCACUUCAUAUUCAAAGAAACAUGCGAGUCACGACAUCGAUUCAUUGGCUUUUUGGAACUUUACCAUCGACGAUUUAGCUAUGAAUGAUUUGCGUACCACCAUCGACUUUGUUUUGGAUCAAACUAAAAACAAACAGAUAACUUACGUUGGCUAUUCUCAAGGCAAUACAAUAUUGGCGAUGUUGUUAAGCGAUCUACCGGAGUACAACGCAAAGAUCAAGUUAUAUAUAGCUUUAGCCCCUAUUCUAUCUUUCUACACAUUCUACCAUCCAUGGAUAUUGCCAUUUAUAAAUUUUAUUCCAAUUUUUAAUGAGUUCGGCAUGUACGAGAUUCCUCCAAUGGUCAAAACAAUAAACGAUGUUAUCUCUUUUUUUUGCAACAGCAACUGUUAUAUUAUGGAGACACUGUGUAUAUUUUUAAUUGAAUCGACUUUCGGAUCGGAAAAGUAUAUAAAUAAGACCGCAGCAGAACCUUUGUUAGAAAAUAUCUUGGAAGGAAUCGGUUUAAAAAUUUUAGUGCAUUUGAAGCAAAUACAUUAUUCUGGUGGGAAAUUAAGAAAGUUCGAUUAUGGUAUUAAUGAGAACAUACGGAUAUACGGUAAGGCUUUACCACCUGAUUAUGAGAUAAACCAAAUUUUAGUACCAACAGCUAUGUAUUAUGCGAAUUGCGAUUGGUUGGUUUCUCGAGAAGAUGUUGCAAUAGCCAAAAAACAAUUGCCGAAUAUAAUUGAUGAUUAUUUGAUUCCUAUGGAGAUUUUCAAUCACUUUGAUUUCCUUUGGGCGGGAAAUAUCAAGGAAGUACUCUUAAAUAGAAUUCUAAAAUUAAUAGAUUCUUACAAUAAAUAGAAUUUAUUGAAAUUAAUCUCCUAU